GUCGCACCUCCCUACCUAUUUGAGCCGGGGCUGAGUAUUCAUUUGGAGAUAACUACAGAUGCAGACCUUUUAAACGCGGUGACACACGCAAAGAUGGUUCUUGAAUCAUCAAAUUUGAUGUUGAUGGAGGACUUCACAAGAUAUGCGGAUAUUUCUACUACUCCAGGUCACUACGUUCUUUAUUGGGAACUCAAAGCCAAAUACCGUGACGACAUUGUUGAAAUUGAUAACAAGGUUUUGGUAGAAUGCUGCUAUGUGGUGGGAGAAUCAUUGAACAAUUCUUAUAGAGAUAUAAGGGUAAAGGUGGCAAUUGGAGCUUUAGAGAUAAGAUUGGUGCAACAAGGAACUUUUGAUGCUCUCGUGGAGUUUUUCAUCACUCAAGGUGCUUCAACUCAAUACAAGACACCAAUUUGCAUCAAAUCUUCCGAGGCUUUGGUGAUUUUAGAAGAAAAGGUUCAUGCUCGUUUCUUUACUGAUAAGUCCCUUUCUUUGGACUUUUUGUCAUAAUCUGUAUACUAUGUAUGCAUUGAUAAAAGCUUGUCGAGUUGUGGUAAACAACAUGAAAUGAGACCAAACGCAUGCCCUUUAAUUAAUCUCAUUUUUAAGUGUAUCCUUUUUUUUUUUUUGAUAUAAGUGUAUCUUUGUUGACACUUAAAAUGCAAAUGCGAAUGAAAUAAAAGCAAGGAUUAAGGAAGAGUCUUGCGCAAUAUAAACGUGUCGACCAAGGAGAAAAAUAGUAAAUGAUAAAAAUGAAAAAUUGAAAAAAGUUAACUUGAUA